CGCUUUAGCAGACAUAACAUCACCAUAAAUCUAUACAGCGUUGGCUUUCAUAAUAUUUUCAAAACCACAGAGAAACAUCAUCCCAGAGCCCAGAGCCCAACUCAAGCCCUCACUACAUUACAACUACAACAACCAUAUCCCUCAAAACGACCCCUGGAUUCCUCUUCAUCCCCCGGAAUAAGAUAGAAAAAGGAAACAAAAAAAGAUGUCCCAACCAGCCCCUUCGGACAACACCAAAAAAGACGACCUCCUCCUCUCACUGCAGUCUUCGCUCCGUAACGCACACUACACCUUCGGGGCCUCGAGCCGGCAGUACAAGGACAUCAAGGCCAUGGUCGAGGAGCACAUUGCGCGGACCGCGCUGUCGGAGGCCCAUCUCGAGGAUUUGACAGAGGGAUUUCGGGUCAUGGAGUUGGCGAUUAGGACGAAGGAGGAUUCCGUUGGGGCAUGUGAGGAGGACUGUGGAAGGGAUGGGAGGAAGCAAGCAGACAUCGAGUUCGCUCUUGUUUGGCGAGAUCUUUGGUGGGAAAUGAAGAAGACGGCACGGCAGUCGAAGGGCUAUUAAGGUGAAUGGCAUGGACGAAGGACUCAGGGAUAUAUGCACACAUCAACGAUCAGAAGAGUACUUUAUCAUGAAAAGUGGUGGGUAUUGUCGUUGUCCAAGAUUGGCAACAUCGUCACUCAAUCCUGCUAGCUAUGUACUUAAAGGCAGACCAACGCGUGGUAUGUACUGUACACUUUACAGACCACUGCGGAUCACUACUCAACGGACGGCUACCAGCUCAUCAACAACCCAACUAGAUCUAGACCCGACGAAGAUCUGUCAUUAGUAUCCAGAAAGAACGCAUCAAAACGUAGAAAGUUCGCUGACAUCGCCUUCGACAAUAGAAGGUCCUGCCAGCCGCAAUUCAAUAAACUCCUAAGAAAUGCCGCCCGAAGAGUCCUUCCACCCAAAAAACGAACGGCGGUUCCGAAGGCGAAAGCGAUAGUAGUAAGUAACUCCUAGUGGUAUUCCGGGUUCCCUGCUCCCUUUGCUGUAAUAUCCAAAUGGUAU